UAAAUUACGUCAUACACGCGCCAACACAAUAUACAUGUGGAAGCGGCUGGCUAAGUUGAGCAGCCAGUGUGUUUCUCCGGCUUCUUUUUCCUGGUUUCUCUCAGCGUCUGUGACUGAUAUCGACGUGAUGAGGGUCUUCUAAAGAGUGUCGUUCCUCGUGGACUUAAAAAUACUAAUGGACCGUUAAAUGCUGCGCGGUGCCUUUCUGCAGAGAGUUGCUAGCAAGCUAACGUCGGCAGCUAGUUGACACAGCGACAUCAGCAAAGCAGACAUUAGUCACCUCUGCCCAUGUCAGAUGGCUGAUGAACGCGUGAAAUGCGAAGCCCCCGCCCAGCGGGAGAAUGACAAUGACGGCGACGAGAGCGGCCAGAAGAUACCGAGCGGCAAUGGAGAGGCUGCAGCGGAAAACCAAAAUAUGUCCAAGAGGCAGAGGAAAAAGCUCCUGAAGCAGCAGAAAUGGGAGGAGGAGAGGGAGCUUCGAAAGCAGAGACGGAAGGACAGGAAGCAGCAGCGUCGGCUUCAGAGGCAAAACCAUCAUCAGGAGGAGGAGGACAGAGGAGAAGCCCACGGUGUCAGAAAGCGUCCUCGCAGGGAGGUGACGUCCAGCUCACUGAAGCUGGUGGUGGACUGCAGCUUCGAUAACCUCAUGCAUAUCAAGGAUGUCCGGAAGCUUCACAAACAGAUCCAGCGGUGCUAUGCUGAGAACAGACGAGCCUCUCAUCCAGUGCAGUUUUACCUGACGAGCUUGGGAGGACAACUGAAACAGAGCAUGGAUGAGAAGGACAAAGGAUGGGUAAACUGGAAGGACAUCAACAUUAAAACGGAGCACUACAGUGAAGUCGUGGCUAAGGAGGAGCUGGUGUAUCUGACGUCAGACUCUCCCAACGUGCUGGAGGAGCUGGACCAAAAAAAGGCCUAUGUCAUAGGAGGUCUGGUGGACCACAACCAUCAUAAGGGGAUCACCUUCGAGAGGGCGAAGGAGCUGGGGAUCGAUCACGCCCAGCUACCCCUGAGCAGUUUCGUUAAGAUGAACAGUCGGAAGGUUCUGGCAGUCAACCACGUGUUUGAGAUCAUCCUGGCAUACCUGGAGAAGGGGAGCUGGCGGGAGGCCUUCUUCACCGUCCUGCCUCAGAGGAAAGGUGCCGUGGCCGUCGGCCAGGACGGAACGACCGCUCAGGAAAAAGAGGAGGAAGACUCGGACUCAGACUCUGACACACCAGAGCAAACUGAGAAAAGAACCUAAAACUUUUCAAGCAUCUGAAGUCUGGACAUGUCGAUUGCUAAGGCUGUGUUCAAAAGAGUCACAAUCUGUUUAGAACAUAUCUGUUGCUUUCAAUCUUGAAGAUUUUUUGUUUUAAACUGUUAUUUAUUGAGUUUUACUUUGUUCCUCCUCUUAUGGGAUGAUAACUUAGUUGAACAUCUAAAAGAAAUGCAGCAUUUCAGUUUUGCAGCAGAUUUUGGCAGGAUAUACAGAUGUAAGAACUGAUUUAUUCUUGACUUCUAUGUUUUUUUUUUUUAAACAUUUUUUUUUAUUGUUUUAGGUGUCAGAGCUGUGCCAAAUUGACUCAUUUAAAAGAAAGCAUAAAGUCAACACAAACAACAUGUAUGCCAUCUGCAGUUUUUGAGUAUAGUUGCAGAAUUUGCGAAUGUAUCUUUUCAUAUGAAUUUGAUAUAGAGCAGUGUUUUCACUUCUGCUCCCGGGGGCCCCCUGCCCUGCAUGUUUUAGAUGUUUCCCUGGUUUCGAGUGAGAUUCAGAUGAGAUUUCUGCUGGUGUGUCUCAGUCUGGAUGCUCAUAUGGGAUCUCAAAGUGUUUUUUGUGUCGCCGGCAGCAAGACAAACAACGCCAAAUCCAGAGAGAUGGAAUGUGCGACAGAGACGCUGAGCAGAAUCCAGGCUGCUGUCUUUUGAUGCCGCAGGAGUUUGCAAUGUGGUAGAAGUGGGGUCAUAGAAAAUAUUUAGAUCUGACAGACCACCUGCAUCUUACUUGAAUGUAGUGACCCAAAGUGAACGUGCAUAAAUUAGCUUACACUGAACAUAUCCAAAUAAAAGAUGAAAGACUUUCUGCAAACCCA